CGAAAACUACAUAGUCGGAAACAGGCCUCUACAAAGAGGCGGAACUGAUCUGGGAACUGAUCUGAAAUGACAUGUGAGAUACGGGAGUGUGAAGAGGCUACCCUAACCCUCUCUCCCGAGUUGUCUCCGCAUCAUUAUUCAUUUGUCGAUCAUCGUUGACGAUUCGGUAAAUCAUUGACGCAACGCAAGCUGAAUCGAUGCAUGCAUCUGUCGACACUUGCGCGACUUCGCGCCAGUGACGCUUUCCUGCGAUGAUGAAUUAUGGAUGGACAGCGACAGCGUUCGCAGCCGCUCAUUCCUAUCCUCGCCCGAGCCAGCUCCAAUCUCGACCUCUACUACAGCUGUUUAAUGGCUUCGUUCGCUAUAGGUGCGCGACGCCUCGUGCCCAGCACCACAACUUCGCCUGUCGACGCUCGGUCAUAACUUCGAAUCCAUUCGUACUGUCAAAACAUGAGGCAACUUUUAAAUGCAACUCAGCGCAGAGGACCAGCUCAAGGUCAUUCACACGAGCCACUGCUCUUUUCAACAACGAGUCGAAACUUCAACCUGCUCCAACUAAUGCCGCCUAUACCGAGGGUGUGGUAACCGACGAGACCGCGGACGAGGCCACCCUUACAUGGCGGGACUAUGAUCCAGACGGAGGAAUGCCUCUACCAGACGGUGAGCGUAGCGCAGCCGAUAUCCACAAGAUUUUCGGCAGCGGCCUCGAUGUGGAGACCGGCAAUUACAUUCUCAGCGUAAUGUACUGGCGACGCAUUUCUGGCGCAUUGAUAGAUGUGGGUGCCAGCUUUCCGAAUGAAAGCGGCGUCACUCGAGAACAAGCCUUGCGCGGCUUGGAAUAUAUUCGCGCACAGGAUUUGGCAUUCGACGAGGAAGCUGCAGGACAGCGAUGGGCCGAGGAAGAAGCUGAGAGAGUGCGCGAAGAAUUAAAGCAGCGCGCCGUCAAGCUAGGUUUGUACAAAGCGGAAGAGGAAGUAGAAAUUGUGCCAGAAGAAGAGAAGCAGGGUACCGAACAAGGUCGCCAGAAGACGGGAGAAAGUGUCCUGAUACAGGUUCGUGAAGAGAAUGAGAGGAAGUACGAGUUGGAGAAGGCUGCGAAAGAAUUGGCAGAGGAGAGAGCAAAAAUCGCAGCUGUACAUGCAGCGCGAGGCCCACUUGAACUGCUUGGAGGAGUUCAGCCGCGAAUCUCGUUGUUCACGAACCUUGUCGGCACGGGCUCGGGCGAACUUGCGAUAGGAUCUCCGGAGAGUGGUGCGUGGCUACAACCUGUGACGCGCCAACCCUGGGUGAAAUACUACGAGGAGCAAGCGGCAAUCAUCAAAGAUAAUGAGAUUCCACAGCUUUCGACAAUGCAACGUCUCGGUCCUGCCUUCCUGGUCUUACUUAUCACUCUUGGCGGCUGCUACUAUAUCGGAUCAAACUACACACCUCCGCCGCAGAGCGCUCGAAUGUUCCCUGACACACCUCCAUCCGUGGCCACUAUUGCAGUCAUCUCAGGACUGCUCGUUACAAGCUUUUUUGCAAACCGCUUGCCACCGCUUUGGCGAACAUACAGCAAAUACUUCAGCAUCACGCCCGGCUACCCCAAUGCCUUGUCUAUCCUGGGUGCUUCCUGGCGACACGAUAACUUGCGGCAUCUUCUGACCAACGUGGCAAUGUUAUGGGGGUUUGGACUACUCCUCCACGAAGAUCUCGGCCGAGGAGGCUUCGUCGCUCUCUACUUAGCGACUGGUGCCAUCGGAGGGUUCUCAUCACUGGCAUCAGAAGUCUUCCGAAAACGCUGGAUGACGUACAUCUUCGGCUCCAGUGGGAACAUGUUGGGCAUUGCAGCCGCGGUGUGCGCUCUGCAUCCGUAUGGCAACGUGCAGGUCCUGGGUCAGGAGAUUCCCAUGUCGGGUUGGGUCCUGCUUGGUCUAGGAACCGCCUGGAUCGGCUUGGGCGCGUAUAGAGGUGUUGCAGCUAUUGAUCAUGCCGGUCACAUUGCUGGCCUCAUUUCUGGAGGAGCGAUGGGAUGGAAGCUUAGACAAGAAAGUCUUGCUAAAAAGCGAGCUGCGAGUCAAGUAGAGACGGCGUCAGCAUAAUUGUUUUCAUAUUGUAACAUAGAUUUCAAUUUCAAUGACAGAGAAAAAUCAACCAUACUGAUCGACCUCCGUAUGGUGUCGCGUAGUG